ACAUCAUGAGUGCCAUUCUUUCCGCAGAUGAUCUAAAUGAUUUCAUAUCUCCCGGAGUGGCUUGUAUCAAGCCGGUACCGGAGACAAAGCCUCGUGAUAAUGGCGCUAAUGUUGGUGAUGAGUUCGAGAUUGAAGUUGACCUUGAAGGAAACACCUUGGAAGUUGGGAAAGAUGGAACCAAAACGACUCUUUCUGCGGCCCAGAUCUCGCUUGCUGACUGUUUAGCAUGUUCUGGGUGUGUGACCUCGGCAGAAGAAGUCUUGGUUGCACAACACUCCCAUGAAGAGUUGUUAAAGGCUAUCACUAAGCAAGAUGGGAAGUUAUUUGUAGCCAGUGUUAGUCAUCAAACUAGAGCCAGUUUGGCGGUGGCUUACCAGAAGAGUAUUGAGGAGGUCGAUAGAGUCUUGGUGGAUUUAUUUGUAGAACAGAUGGGAUUUGUCCAUGUAGUGGGGACAAGUUUAGGAAGAAAGAUAAGUUUAAUGGAAGAGGCAAUGUCUGUAAUUCAGAAAAGAGCUGCUGAGGUAAAAGGGAGAAAUGGUCCAACUCUUUCUUCUAUCUGUCCUGGAUGGGUUCUUUAUGCCGAGAAGACUCACCCUUACGUACUCCCCUACGUAUCCAACGUUAAGUCUGCCCAACAAAUCACUGGAUGUCUUCUUAAGACAUUAACUAGUCAACAACAUGACAUUCUGAGAGCUGAUAUCUACCAUCUUUCUGUGAUGCCAUGCUUUGAUAAAAAAUUGGAGAGUGCUAGAAAGGAAGAGAAUGGUGACGACGAGACGGUUGAUGUUGAUUGUGUGCUUACCGCUAAGGAGUUGGUGACGUUGGUGGAACAAAGUGAUAAAUAUUCGUUCAGAUGGAGUGGUAAUGACUUGGCGGGUAGUGACAUAACGUCCUUCUAUGAAUCAGCAGCUCCGAAGAAUUGGCCAUUUAUCGAAUAUUCAUGGUCAAAUGAUGAGGGAUCUGCUUCUGGUGGGUAUGCAUACAACUACUUGGAUACAGUACGUAGACUCAAACUAGCCGAAAAUCCACAACUUUCACCAGAACAAUUCUCAAUCGAGAACGUUAAUGGGAGAAAUUCCGAUAUAGUGGAGAUUCGACUCAUCCAAGAAGGAACUCCUAUAGCCAAGGCAGCCAUAGUGAAUGGAUUCCGUAACAUUCAAAACUUGGUUAGAAAGUUGAAACCAGUGGGUGGAAAAUCAGGAACCAUUGAAAAGAAAGUCAACCCAUUGGUUGCACGGAGAAGAGCAAGAAAGGAAGGAGCAGCAUCAUCGACAACAACAACGGUAUCAUCAAGAGGUGGUUCAAAUGGAGGGGAUACCGCAGAUGCUUCAGCAUGUGACUAUGUAGAAAUCAUGGCAUGUCCCGGCGGAUGUAUUAAUGGAGGAGGACAGAUAUCUGCACCUGCAGAAACCGUUUCCAAGGAAUGGCUUCAAAAAUCACUUGAAGCUUACCAUGACAUCCCUACAGUGCAAUCAGACAAGAUGAGCGGGCUCAAGAGCUGGAGCGCACAAUUCUGCAGCGAUUUUGGUAUCUCUGAGGACCGAUUAGUUCGAACAUGGUUCAAGGAAGUUGAAAAGCCCACAGACCCUAAUGCCAUUCUUUUAGGAGCCAAGUGGUAAUAUUUAUAGAUAAUAGACAUAAAAGAAGGGACU